AAAUUAAGCGAUAAGAUAACAUUUAAUUAUUAAUUGUUGUACUCGUACUUUCGUGUUCUGUUUCGUGCAAUACAUUAUUUUUUUAUAAUCAUGGGGGACAAAAACCCUAAAGCCUACCAAACAAGAAGGAUGACCUUUUCAGCUUGCCACCGUUUGAACAGCCCUUUUCUGUCAGCAAUCGAGAAUGAAAAUACGUAUGGAAAAUGUAACCAUAUUAACGGACAUGGGCAUAACUACACCGUGAAGGUAACUCUGUUUGGAGAGAUUCACCCUCAAACCGGGAUGAUAAUGAACAUGACUGACCUAAAAAAAAACAUGCAGGAAGCAAUAAUGAAACCAUUGGACCACAAGAACCUCGAUGCGGAUGUUGAAUACUUCAAGUUGAACCCCAGUACAACAGAAAACCUGACUGUCUUCAUUUGGAGGCAGAUGAAACAAGUGAUGGAAAAACCAGAACUUCUUUACGAGGUUGAAGUUCAUGAAACUGAAAAUAAUAUUGUAUCUUACAGAGGAGAUUAAUUUCAGUAAUAAAGAGUUUAUACAA